CUCCAGUGGGUCAGUCACAGCCACUCGGUCACCUUCUCCCUUCUUCUUUUUCGAUAGAGAAAGAUCUCAGAUCUCUCUCUCUCUCUCCGACGGAGCCAUGAAGCCGCUCGAGAGUGUGAAUCUCCUCAGGACCCCGGUCGUGAUCAAAACCCUAGCGUUCAUCUCCCUCUCCAUCGCAUUUUUCUACCUGGGCAAGCGCUGGUCCGAGUCCGACGGCUACCAGCAGCUCAUUUUCUUCUCCUCCCCCGCGUCCUCCUCCGCAGCUCACCGGCGGCCUCCCUCCGUCGCUCUCUCCCCGAACCUCGGCAAGACCUUCAACCUCUCUUCCAUCAUCUCCCAGGGCGCCGAGCAAUCCGUACCGCCGCCCGCCGAUGCGCUUCCCCCGGACUCCUCCGCCACCGCAACCGCCGAGCCCGUCGCCGCUUCUCCUCCCCCUCCACCGCCCAUUCCUCCUCCUCCGCCGCCACAGAUCACGAGGUUCGGUAUCGUCGACGAGAAUGGGACUAUGUCGGAUGACUUUGAGGUCGGCGAGUUCGAUCCGGACUUCGUGGAGGACUGGAAGACUAAUGGGAGUGAGACGGAGGCUAGCGGAACCGAAGCUGGCGGAGGUGGGGGCCGAAUUACAAUAAAGAAAUAUCAUCUUUGCCCGGAGAGUAUGAGGGAGUACAUUCCGUGUUUGGACAAUGUGGAGGCGAUUAAGAGGCUGAAUUCUACCGAGAAAGGGGAGAGAUUCGAGCGGCAUUGUCCCGACAAGGACAAGGGUUUGAAUUGCUUGGUCCCUUCUCCCCAAGGAUAUCGGCCACCUAUUCCUUGGCCAAGAAGCCGUAACGAGGUUUGGUACUACAAUGUUCCCCACACCCGAUUGGUAGAAGAUAAAGGUGGACAAAACUGGAUUUUCAAGGAGAAGAAUAAGUUUAAAUUUCCCGGUGGUGGAACCCAGUUUAUCCAUGGGGCGGAUGAGUACCUGAAUCAGAUGUCCCAGAUGGUGCCGGACAUUACAUUUGGUCGGCAUAUCCGAGUUGUAUUGGAUGUUGGGUGUGGCGUUGCCAGUUUUGGGGCCUACUUGUUAUCACGGGAUGUCUUAACUAUGUCUGUAGCUCCAAAAGAUGUCCACGAGAACCAAAUUCAAUUUGCCCUUGAGCGAGGUGUGCCAGCAAUGGUGGCAGCAUUUGCUACUCGUCGCCUGCUAUAUCCGAGUCAAGCUUUUGACUUGAUACAUUGUUCAAGGUGCAGGAUCAACUGGACUCGUGAUGAUGGUAUUCUGCUACUUGAAGUCAACCGGAUGCUCCGAGCUGGAGGAUACUUUGCUUGGGCUGCACAACCAGUUUAUAAACAUGAACCUGUUCUCGAAGAACAAUGGGAAGAGAUGCUAAAUCUCACAAAUCGUCUUUGCUGGGAGCUUGUGAAGAAGGAAGGAUAUAUUGCUAUAUGGAGGAAACCAUUGAACAACAAUUGUUACCUAAGCCGGGAGGCAGGUACUAAGCCUCCACUAUGCGAACCAGAUGAUGAUCCAGAUAAUGUGUGGUACACUGAUCUGAAAGCAUGCGUAACUCGGUUACCUGAUAAUGGAUUUGGGGCAAAUGUCACAGAAUGGCCUGCACGUUUGCACAAUCCACCGGAUAGGCUGCAGAGCAUACAGAUGGAUGCUGUCAUAUCCAGAAAUGAACUUUUCAGGGCAGAAUGGAAGUACUGGAAUGAGAUCAUUGCAAGCUAUGUCCGGGCAUUAAAGUGGAAGAAGAUGAAACUAAGAAAUGUGUUGGACAUGAAAGCUGGCUUUGGAGGUUUUGCAGCAGCAUUAAUUGAGAGUCAGAUUGAUUGCUGGGUUCUUAAUGUGGUUCCCGUUAGUGGCCCUAACACAUUGCCUGUCAUAUAUGACCGUGGCCUUAUUGGAGUAAUGCAUGACUGGUGUGAGCCGUUUGAUACGUAUCCAAGAACAUAUGACUUACUGCAUGCAGCUGGCCUCUUCUCUGUGGAGAAGAACAGAUGCAACAUGUCAACUAUAAUGCUCGAGAUGGAUAGGAUCCUGAGACCCGGGGGGCAUGUAUAUAUACGGGACUCUAUCUCUGUCAUGGACGAACUUCAGGAAAUUGGUAAAGCCAUGGGAUGGCACAUGGUGCUGCGGGACACGGCCGAGGGCCCUCAUGCGAGUUAUAGGAUUUUAACGUGUGAAAAACGCCUCUUGCAUGCUUGAAAAGUUGCUGGAGAAGUGAAUUUACAGCAAGACUUCCUCUGUAUCAGUUUGACUGAUUGAUUCCCCAAAAUAAAUCAUUUGACUUUGCUCAAGGGAUCGAUUUGAAAGGAUUGUCAUGGGGAAGAAAAACUCAGCAAGGGGAGUCUAACAAGGGCAGAGCUCAUCGUCAGCGCACAGAUCAUAUAUAGCCACUCCUUUCAGGCACUUGUUCUGUAUUUUACAUAUGUAAAAUUAUUUCAUUGCACUGAGGGAACGAUUGAUACUCUCAUUGCCAUUGUUAUAUUUUUAACCCCCAUUUGGAAGGAAGUAGUUGCGGUGCUGUUAACUUAAUUUUCUUUGUACAUGUAAUCACCUCCAGAGAUUCGGAAUAUUUGUUCGGCGGAUCGUUUAUCGCUUCGUUUUUUUUUCA